AUGGCCCAGUGUGGCAUGGGUCCCGACGCUCGGUCAGUUUGUGAAGAGUUGAAGUAUGAAGAGGUUACCACAGAGCUUGGCCUACGACUGCUGAAAACCUUCCUCUCUGCUGUCCGUGAUGCUUUCAGUAUCACCUCUAAUGCCAUGCACAACACAGAUGAUCAUCAGAUUCUGAGAUGGUCGUUGACUAGCAGUCAAAAUAUUGUCUCCGUAAUGCUAAGACUGUAUGAUACAUUUAAACGCAAUGUGCUAACGGGUGUAUUGACUAGUCGUCGAGAGGAGCUUGACGAGGCGAGGGUGAGGUACUAA